CUCACUGGAUUUUCUGGCCUGGAGCAGCAAUAUCCCUGGUUCUCCAUCCCCUUCUCCUCUAUCUAUGCCAUGGUGAUUUGGGGAAACUGCAUGGUGCUCCAUGUGAUCCGGACUGAGCCAAGGCUGCACCAGCCCAUGUUCUAUUUCCUGGCCAUGUUGGCCCUCACCGACCUAUGCAUGGGGCUGUCCACUAUGCACACGGUGCUGGGGAUCCUCUGGGGGCUCGUUCAACAGGUCACCCUGGAUUCCUGCAUUACCCAGUCCUAUUUCAUCCAUGGUCUGUCCUUCAUGGAGUCCUCUGUCCUCCUCACUAUGGCCUUUGACCGGUAUAUUGCAAUUUGCAAUCCACUGCGUUAUUCCUCCAUCCUGACUAAUUCUAGGAUUAUCAAAAUUGGGCUUACCAUAUUAGGUAGGAGUUUCUUCUUUAUUACACCCCCCAUCAUCCGUCUGAAAUUCUUCCAUUACUGUCGUCCCCACAUCCUCUCUCACUCUUUCUGCCUGCACCAGGAUCUUCUCCGCUUAGCCUGUGCAGACAUCCGAUUCAAUAGUUACUAUGCUCUGAUGCUGGUCAUUUGCACACUGUUAUUGGAUGCUGUACUCAUCCUCUUUUCCUAUGUCCUGAUUCUUAAGCAAGUCCUGACAGUUGCCUCUCAGGAAGAGCGGUAUAAGUCAUUUCAGACCUGUAUCUCCCACAUCUGUGCUGUUCUUGUGUUCUAUAUCCCCGUCAUUAGCCUCACAAUUGUGCACCGUUUUGGCAAGCACCUCUCCCCCGUGGUCCACGUUCUUAUGGGAAACAUCUAUAUCCUUUUUCCACCUUUGAUGAACCCCAUCAUCUACAGUGUCAAGACCCAACAGAUUCGUACCAGAAUACUCAGACUCUUUUCUUCAAAAAGACUCUGA